AUGCCUCCACGGGCCCAGACAAACACCCUCACCUCCAACCCCCUCGACGACAUCUGCCCCGUGUGCAAGUCGAACCGCUACCUCAACCCGUCCCUCACCUUCCUCAUAAACUCAGAAUGCUACCACACGAUGUGCACAUCCUGCGUGGACCGGCUCUUCACAUCCGGUCCCGCGCCCUGCCCUGUCGCCGGCUGCCACAAGACGCUGCGCAAGCGGGGCUUUCACACAGCCUUUUUCGCAGACCUGAACAUUGAGCGUGAAGUCGACGUGCGGAAGCGCGUGGCUGCGGUCUUCAAUAGGCGCCAGGACGAUUUUGAAACGCUGCAUGAUUGGAAUAAUUAUCUCGAGAGCGUGGAGGACUUGGUGUUUAAGAUUGUGGAGGGGACGCCUGCUAUGAAGAAGGAUGCUGAGGAGGCACUGAAAAAAUAUGCGGAGAUGAACCGUAUGGAGAUUGAGGCAAACUUGGAGGCUGAGAAGGAGGAGGAAGAGAUGGGACGGAGAGCACAGGCGAUAGCUGAUGAGAGGUCAAGGAAGAGGCGAGAGAUGGGGAAGAAGAAGGAGGAGGCGGACCGAAGGGAUCUGGAGAGAACGAAGCGCAAUGUUAUUGAGACGCUUGCGAGGUCGGAGGGCAAUGCCGACGAAAUUACCAGGAAAGCUGAGAGGCUAAUCCUGGAGAAGACGGAGAAGAUGAAACGAGAUCAGGUGGAGGAUCUAGAAGGUCCUAAGAUGGCGAUCAGGGGUUUGAAGAAGAGGAAGGCUUUGGAGGUGGAGAAGCCGUAUGAUCCGUUUGGGGAUCUGGAUUUGACGCCGACGAGAUACGUGCUGCAGACACGGUACAAGAAUGAUUGGCUGAAACAGGCGGAGAACGACCCAAGGCAUAUGGUUGGAGGUUAUAGCUUUCAAGAGUACUAUGCCCGAACGAUGUUCGAGGCUUUCUCUGGGUUGGGUGUUUUCAUCGAGGAUGAGCUGCCAAAUACUACUUCGAGUGGUGCUCCUCUUUCUGCGGUCGCUGCUAAGGUUAGGAGCGGAGACAAAACGAUGGAGGAUGUCUUCUAA